AUGCUAAACCGAGUGCGCUCGGCCGUGGCGCACCUGGUGAGCUCCGGAGGCGCUCCGCCUCCGCGCCCCAAAUCCCCAGACUUGCCCAGUGCAACCUCCGAGCCGCCGGCAGCCGCUCCCGGAUUGCCCAAGAGCCCUCCUGCCAAGCCCGGGAGCGGGAGCGGGACGCCAGCGAAGAUCACAGAGCCUCGGGCGAGCUUCUCCAGACCGACCUUUCUGCAGCUGAGUCCCAGGGGGCUGCGACGCGCCGACGAUCACGCGGGCCGGGUUGUGCAAAGCCCCCCAGACACAGGUCGCCGCCUACCUUGGAGCACGGGCUACGCCGAGGUCAUCAAUGCUGGCAAGAGCCGGCACAAUGAGGACCAGGCUUGCUGUGAAGUGGUGUAUGUGGACAGCCGGAGGAGGAGUGUUGCAGGGACCCCUAGAGAGUCUAGCCAAAGUCAGGGACUCUGCUUUUACUACUGGGGCUUGUUUGAUGGGCAUGCUGGAGGUGGAGCUGCAGAAAUGGCCUCCCGGCUCCUGCAUCGCCACGUCCAGGAACAGCUAAAGGAUCUGGUAGAAAUACUUCAGGACCCCUUGCCACCUCCUCUCUGCCUCCCAUCCACCCCAGGGUCUCUGAGUUCCUCUGAUCCCUCUCACCUGGUUAGCCCUCAUUCCUGCUGGUCUUCACAGAAGGAAGUGACCCACGAAAGCCUGGUUAUAGGGGCCAUUGAGAAUGCCUUCCAGCUCAUGGAUGAGCAGAUGGCCCAGGAGCGUCAUGGCUACCAAGUGGAUGGGGGCUGCUGUGCACUGGUUGUGGUGUAUCUGCUUGGCAAGAUGUAUGUGGCCAAUGCAGGUGAUAGCAGAGCCAUCAUUGUCCGGAAUGGUGAAGUCAUUCCUAUGUCCAGGGAGUUUACUCCAGAGACUGAGCGACAGCGGCUUCAGCUACUUGGCUUCCUGAAACCAGAGCUGCUGGGCAGUGAAUUCACCCACCUGGAGUUCCCCCGCAGAGUUCAGCCCAAGGAGCUGGGCCAGAGGAUGCUUUACAGGGACCAGAACAUGACUGGCUGGGCCUACAAAAAGAUCGAACUGGAGGAUCUCAGGCUUCCUCUGGUGUGUGGGGAAGGCAAAAAGGCCCGGGUGAUGGCCACCAUAGGGGUGACCCGGGGCUUGGGAGACCACAACCUUAAGGUCUGCAGUUCCACCCUGCCCAUCAAGCCCUUCCUCUCUUGCUUUCCUGAGGUACAAGUAUAUGACCUGACACAGUACGAGCAUUGUCCAGAUGAUGUGCUAGUUCUGGGAACUGAUGGUCUGUGGGAUGUCACCAGUGACUCUGAGGUAGCCACCACUGUGGACAAGGUGCUGUCGGCCUAUGAGCCCAAUGACCCCAGCAGGUAUACAGCUCUGGCCCAAGCUCUGGUCCUGGGGGCCCGGGGCACCCCCCGGGAUCGUGGCUGGCGUCUCCCAAACAACAAGCUGGGUUCCGGGGAUGACAUCUCAGUCUUCGUUAUCCCCCUGGGAGGGCCAGGCAAUUACUCCUGAGGGGCUCAGCCCAUUGUUCCUACUACCAUCCCAGCCUCUUCAUACUUAUCCCUCUCCCAGUCCAAAUUCUGAAGUUGUCUCCUUAACUCUUCCUUAGUGGUGAUUUACAGCUAUUGACAA